ACGAUAUCUUAUAUCGAAAGGAAUAAACCUGAUUACGAAUUUUUGUCUAUAUGGUCUGUUGUAUUUUGGGUCCAUUACGUAUAAAGGGAUUGUGAGCACCUGUGAGAUCAUCUUGGCAUGUCGGAGAGAAAUUUAAUCCCAAAUUUUGGCGUGGUGUCCAUAAAAUCGGUUCAUUGCUUUUGUUCACCAACUCAUACACCAUGACUGAAGAACAGAACACCGUAAAAGCACAGACGACAGAGGAAUUGUCCGCAUUUAUCGACUCCUUUUUAGAGCAAAUGGAAACGAAAUUUGAUACCAUGUCUACGCAGUUGAAUCAUAAGAUGAACGAAAUUUCAUCACGGAUUGAUGAUAUGGAAAAGUCUCUUGGUGAUCUCAUAGAGAACAUCAACGGCCAAGCUGAUCCUAAACGGUCUGGAAAUGACUAGAUACUGCACAAUCCUAUGUGCAAGACAUCUUGCUUGCUCCAAACAUUUCAAUCGAAGACAGUUACCUUUCCUGUCACAGCGGGCCUUUUGAACCACCAUCUCAUUAGAGAAUGUUUCUUUUUGCCGAGAAUCUUCUUCCGUUACUCCAUUCUCUACAGUGAUAAUCUUCCAUAGACAACACAA